GGUUUGAUACCAUACCCUUCAGUAUCUCUGCAGACAGGGUCCUUUCUGUAACACUGUGAGAAUGAGGUCGGUGGUGAUUCUGGGGCUCCUGCUCUUGUCGGUGAGUGUGUGGGCUGAUGACGCCCCAGCCGCUCCGAGCAGUACUGAUUUAGCGUGCGACGCCCCCGAGGCUGAAGAAGCAGCCAUAGCAGCUCAGGACUUCAUCAACAGCCAUCACACUCACGGCUACAAGUACGCUCUUAACAGAGUCGAGGAAGCCCGGGUCAUCAAGAAGGCUGAUGGUGAGGAGACCUUUAUUUUGGAAAUUGAUCUCUUAGAAACUAAGUGUCAUGCCCUUGACCCCAAACCAGUGGCUGACUGUGCAAUCAGACCCGAAAACGAGACGGCAGUUGAGGCACACUGUGAUGUGGCGCUGUCUAAAGAAGCUGGAGUCUUCACUGGACUCGCUUUCAAAUGUCGAAACAAGCCCGCUGUCAUCAAGACUUUAUGCGUGGGUUGUCCUGCACUGAUACCACUCAAUCACACAGAAGGACUGCAGAUGGUGGAGGACGCUCUUGAACGCUUCAACAACGUGACAGAGGAUGGGGUCCAUUUCGCUCUGCUGGAGGUGGGACGGCUGAAGUCACAGGUUGCUGCAGGUGGACCCAUACUCUUCGCAGAGUUUGCCAUUGAGGAGACAAACUGCACCAAAGAAGCGCAUGAUGUCUGCGUUCACCUAAACCAUACAGUGGCUCGACGAGGCUUUUGUGUCGCCAAGGGUGGUGUGGUCGAUGUUGAAGUGGACUGCGUGAUUUUUACUGUGCCGGCGACAAAUGACACGGCGACUCCGCCCCAUCCUCCCCGUAAGCAUCACCAUCAUCACCACCACCCAAGCCACAAGGGCUUCGAUCACCACAAACUGACCAAACUGCACGACCCUAGCUCCACCGGUCUGCUGUCGGCGGAGUCGGCAGAGUCGGCCGAAAAGCUCCUGAAGCAGAAGCCCGACGAGGGAAAGCCCGCUGAGGCCCCAGCAGCAGAUCCAUCUUCUCCGGUGAAGUCCUCCUGUCCAGGGAAAGUGAAACACUUUUCUCCAGACGACAUCAUGAAGGGACUCGUGGUCUUAGGGGUUCUGAUCCAGGUGUUUUGUGCCUUCAGCGUCCCCUCAGAUGAACCUUACACCUGUGCCCAGGAUCAGGACGAUAAGGCCGCCGCGGCCGCCGCGCAGUACAUCGACGAACACCAUCACCAUGGCUACAAGUUCAAGCUCAGUAAAAUCGAGUCCCGUACAGCGGAGGAGAAACAACCAUGUGAGGUAGUUUUGGCUCUGGAACUACAAGAGACAAAGUGUCACAUCGUAAACCCUAAACCCGUGGAGCAAUGCGAAAUCCGCAGCCAUCAUGAAACGCAAGUGACGGCACAUUGCAACGUGACCAUAUCCGGGGCAGAAGAGCAACUGAAGGUCGUAAAAUAUGCUUGUCACACUGAACCAGAUUCCGCAGCUGAUAUAACCCGAAUGUGCCCAGAUUGUCCCACACUACUUCCCUUGCAUGACCCUGAAGGCCUGGAGAGUGUCAAAGCUGCUCUUAAGAAAUUCAAUGCUGAAUCCAAAGAACCCAACCAGUUUAGACUGUUGGAAGUGGGCAGAAUCACCAUGCAGCAUAUGUUUAUGGGCCCAUCUUACUUUGCUGAUUUUGCUAUUGUGGAGACUAACUGCACAGAGAAGGAGGAAACAGAGGACAACCAUGCCUGUGAAUGCCUAAACCCAGCACGCCACGGAUUCUGUGAAUCUACUUUAAUUGGAACAGGUGACUUGGACGUGAAAUGUGAGAUUUAUGAAGCAGAGAACCGAACGCGUGACCCCCAUGGUCCACCUGGUCGACCUGGCCACCCGCGAGUCUGUAAGCACAAGGGCCACCAUGGGCGCCACCACAAAUGUCGCCCAGAUCACGCAGGGCACCCCGAUCACGCAGGUCCCCCUGAUCACCAUGGCAAAGGUCGCCCAGAUCACGAUGGUCCCCCCGAUUGCCACGGCAUAGGUCGCCCCGAUCACGCUGGUCGCCCCGAUCACGGUGGUCGCCCCGAUCACGCUGGUCACCCCAAUCACGGUGGUCGUCCCGGUCACGGUGGUCAUCCCGGUCACGGUCACGGUCACGGUGGUCGUCCCGGUCAUGGUCACGGUGGUCACUAUGAUCCUCCAGGCCCUCCCCAUCCCCCAGGUCUCCCAGAUAAAGAGGGUCCCCCUUUCACACGAAGUUUCCCACAUUGCCAUGGCACUGUCGCAAUUCCUCCCACUAUUCAUCCCAUCUGUGCCUUCCCCCCUCCAUGGCAUCACAAGCACUCGGGGCAGCAAGGGUCACAAAAAGCUUGAGCUGUCAGAUGGUCAUUCCUUCAUUCUUUGACACCACUUUCCAAAAGCUCCUUUUGCUUACAAAAAGCGUCAUUGACAGAAAACCUCAGUGGUGCACCAAAUGUUACAUAUCUGGACAGAAAUAAAAAUUUAUAAGAAAAAAAUAAAUGAAUCAAACUUUCAAAUUAAA